GGGGUGGGGUGGAGCCAGAGAGCGACCCGGAAGCAGAAGUGACUCCUACAGGCGGAGUGCUGGGGAGCGGCGGCGGCGACCGCGGCGGUGGAAGCAGCAGUUUAUCUGUGUGUAGCCUCAAACUGGGAAGAAGAUGCUAAUUAAAGUGAAGACGCUGACCGGAAAGGAGAUUGAGAUUGACAUUGAACCCACAGACAAGGUGGAGCGAAUCAAGGAACGUGUGGAAGAGAAAGAAGGGAUCCCUCCACAGCAGCAGCGGCUCAUCUACAGUGGUAAACAGAUGAAUGAUGAGAAGACAGCAGCUGAUUAUAAAAUCCUAGGUGGUUCAGUCCUCCAUCUGGUGUUGGCUCUGAGAGGAGGAGGAGGUGGUCUUAGGCAGUGAUGGACCCUCCCUCGAUUUUACCUCUUUACCCUGUCUCUCGUAAUGAGGCAUCAUAUAUCCUCUCUGGGACAUCAGAGCCACUGCCCCCUCUCCUGGAUACCCAGUCUUGUGUGUCUACUGGUAGGAGACUGUGAGGACCCCAGGAUGCAGUGUUCCUGGCCCAAAGGGCCCUUGCUGGCUAUUGGGUUUUUGUUUGCAGUCCUGUGUGCUUCCCUCUCUUAUGGCUGUGUCCCUGGUUGUCAAUAAAAUAUUUCCUGGCCUCCUGGAA